UCAAGCAGUCGAGUCAAGGAAGCAGCGUUUGGGCGUCAUGAAGACAAUAGUCGCAGUCCUAAGUGUGGUGGUGGCGACGGCGGAGGCGGCAUCCCUCCCUGCCCCCGACUCCGGCUAUGCGUACAACGGUCCGGCAAGCGGCGGUGGUGGUGGCUCCGGUGGUGGUGGUUCCGGUGGUUCUGAUGGCUUCAGCGGCCCGGCUCAAUACAACUUCCAGUACGAUGUUGACGACCAGCCUUCAGGGAACUUUUUUGGGCACCAGGAGCAGCGGGACGGUGACAGGACGGAAGGGAGCUACUACGUCAGGCUGCCGGACACGCGCCUCAUGAGGGUGGAGUACUACGUAGAUGACACAGGCUACCACCCCACCGUCACUUUCGAGGGCGAGGCUCAGUUCCCUGACGGCCUUGCCCCUGGUGCUGGUCCCGGUGGUGUUCCUGAUCAGUCUUACUCCCAGCCGGCCCCAGGUACAGCGCCAGGUCAAUCUUACUCCCAGCCCGGAUCCGGUACAGGUCCAGCUCCCGCCCCUGCACCGUCCCAGCUCUACACAGCCCCAGGGAAGUAAAGGUGGUGUGAUGCUGGUUCUUCUACAUCGUCGCCGUCAGGAUUUUGUUUUUAACUGACUGUAGCUAUGCAUGGAUUUUUUUUUCUUUUUGUCUAUGAUGUA